AUGGCUAGAAAAUCAAGUAGAGGUCGCCAGAAAAUCUCAAUAAAGUGGAUUGAAAAUGGGGAUAAGUGUUCUGUAUCGUUCUCGAAGAGAAAGUCUGGAGUCUUAAAAAAGGUAAGUGAACUUUCUACUAUGUGUGGAAUAGAUAUGGCACUAAUUUUGUUCUUUGAAAGUGACAAAGCCUUCUCUUAUGGCAAUCCUACUUUAAAUGCCAUAUUAAAUUGCUUUUUGGGUGUAGAUUCCCAAAUAGUGUUUGAUUCAGCUUCACUUAAAAUCAUUGAGGAACAACAUAUCUCCAUUAUUCAAGAGAUGGAAGGUAAAAGAAUGAAUGAUGAAGAAAUGCUCAAACUUGAGUUACAACGUAGGAAAACGUUGUCACUAGAGAUGAUUAACCAUGCUCUAGGAAAAUGGUGGGAGUAUCCAAUUGAGAAAAUGAGCUUACUCCAAAUACAAAUUAGGAAUGCUAGUAUGGAAGACCUAAAGAUGGUAUUCGAAGAACAAUAA